AAAGAAAAUUUGUUGAUUAUAGAGUGUAAUUUGUUUGAAAAUGUUCCCACAAUCGGAAUUGGAAAAUUACAAAUUACAAGUGGAAUUAUUGCAAGAAAAAUUGCAAAGAAGUGAAAUAUCACGCCAACAAUUGGAACAUAAAUUGGAUAAAAUUUUACAAAAACGUGAUGAACACGAUAAAAUCGUGCGGGCAAAAUCCAAACAAAAAUAUCAACAAUUUUUGGAAGAACAGCAAAGACGUAAUGAACGUAACAAACAAUUGGUUGAAAUGCUUGAACGUAUCGAACAGCAGACGGCAGCGAUGAAUGCACGCAGUGAGCGACUUAAAAUGAUGAAGCUCCAAUAUGAGAUGUACUUUGCCAAAUUGGUUCAUUCUCAGACUCGCAGAUGUUUGCAAACAUCUGUCAUGGCCAUGACAACACCACAAAUGAUGGCUGCAGCAUCAACAACAUCCAUACCCGCCAGUGUGAUUGGUGGAGUUUCCGCACAGCCCAUGACAAUGACAAAUAUUCAUACCCCUGUCGCGGAUGGACGUUAUCCCGGAGGCUAUCCUCCUAAAGUUUAUGAAGAGCCAACGUUUAUGCCGAACAAUUAUCAAAGAUAUGAAAUGGAUGCGACAUUUGAUCAACGACGAAAGGAUAAUUCAUCCGAUUCUCCGCUAAUGGGAAUGUCCAAUUCCGAUAUUACUUUCAACUCUUCCUUCAGAAGUAGUGACAGCGCUGAUGUGCAAAAAGUUGAUAUUCCAAGGCCUUAUCUAGCACAGGAAAGGCGUACAGAAGUUAAUAUGAAAAUGGAUAAUGGUACCAGGGGAAACUUUAAUUUUCCCAAUACCCGAGGAUAUGAAUUGAAAUCCCAUCCUUCAGAGAUUUUGGAAAACUCUAAUAAGGUUCAAGAGCUUGAUAUGUCAAUAACUACUACAACUCCAUCUUCCAUAAGUGAUGCCAACAAUUAUGAUGUGGUGAUAUCUAAACAAAAUAUGGUACCCCAUACUGGGGAUACUUUUAAGGGUUUUGAAAAUAAAAAUGGAACUAUUAAGGAUAACGAAGAACCAAACCAACGGCCUAGAAACAUAAUUCCCACACAAAACCCAUUGGAAUUAAAAAGUGAAAUUGUUGUAGACAAAAAGGAUAAGGAACAAAUUCAGGGCAUAGCAACCAAGCCAGCAGUAGUGGAAGACUCUCAAAGAGAAAACACAGAACUCCCUAAUAUAGAAAAGCAGGAUAAGCCUGAAACUAUGAACACCGAACAACAAAAAUCAAGUGUGGAAAUUCCUGAUGAAAUACCAGAAAAGUCAAGUGUGGAAAUUUCUCAACAAAGGCAGUCUGAAGAGGAAACGCAAGCAAAAGAACAGACACCAAUAAUUGAAGAUAAAACCCCAACUACUAGUGCUCCUUCAAUGUCAAUUGAAAAUAUUGAAAAUGCAAUCUACGGGGAAUUAGUAAAUUCUUCUGAAGGAACAGAGAAAAUACCACCCGCAGACAUGGCCACAGUACCAUCCACUUUGCUGGAAAAUUUGGUAACAGAAGCCGCUGCAGCUUCUGAAGAAGUGAACAAACCCGAAAUCCAACAACCUAGCGAUAAUGGCGAAAAAUAUAACGUAGAAAUACCAUAUGAUAGAGAAAAACUUAUGCAGGAAAUUCCAAUGCCCCCGGAAACAUAUGAAUAUGUUACAGCCGACACAGUGGCGGAUGAUGAUAAUAAUGUUACAACAACUGAAGAAUAUGCUGGCUAUGACAGCAAUGCCAACAUCACAGACGAUGGACAGCAGGAACAACAAGAAUAUGAUUAUAGUAAUUAUGAUCCAUCACAGUAUAGCUAUCCCGGUUAUAUUUAUGAUGAGACUACAGGGGAAUAUAAACCCGAUCCAAAUGCCAGUGCCGAACAGUAUGCCCAAGAUCAACAAUAUGCCGAGGACUAUGACCAACAAUAUCAGCAACAAGAGGCUUAUGAUUAUAAUCAAACAUACGAUCAGCAGGAAAUUCAGGAAUCAGAUGCAACACAAGAUACAGCUGCAACAUAUGAAAAUUAUGAUACCACCCAGCAGGUGGAACCAACAAGUGCCGUAACUGAAGAACCAGUUCAGGAAGGGGGACAAGAAACACAACAAAAUCAAGAUGCAACAGAAACCGAAUUAACCACUAAGCCCCAGACCACUACUACCAAACCCACAUCAAUUCUGGCCACGGGUGACAAGAAAGAUGGACAGAAAAACAAGAAACGUGUUAACUUUGUGGACAGCAGUGAAACGGAUGAGAGCUCAGUGGAUAAGGCAAAAACAGUGCCGGCAGCUGCAAAACCAAGUGGUGGAAAUGAAAGCGAUUUUGAUUUUUCCUCAAGCAGUGACAUUGCUCCAGAAGCAAAAUAAAUUUACUUAAUUUUUAAACAAGUUAUUAUUCUGUGAAACACACUUAAAUGUUAUCUAAAUGCUUAAA